AAGAACAUAUCAAACAAAAUUCCAUUUCCAUUGGCAUUAUUCCAUCUCGACCACAUUACAACUCGCAUAUCUCAUAUCUCAAAAUGCUGUCGCGGACGCUAGCAACCGCUGCUCGACGAGUAGUCGCAUCAGCAGCUCCUCGCGUCGCCACCCGCCAGAUUCUCAACCCGGCCGCCAGCAUUGCGCGCCGAUCGUACCACGAGAAAGUGUUGGACCACUACAGCCGACCGCGCAACGUAGGCUCUAUGCUCAAGUCUGAUGUCGAUGUUGGUACCGGCCUAGUCGGCGCCCCAGCAUGUGGCGACGUCAUGAAACUUCAGAUCCGGGUCGAUCCGAAGAGCAACACCAUAUCCGACGUAAAGUUCAAGACCUUUGGCUGCGGCAGCGCUAUCGCAAGUUCGAGCUACCUGACAGAGCUGGUGAGAGGUAUGACGCUCGAGGAGGCUGGCCGUAUUAAGAAUACCGAGAUUGCCCAGGAGCUUUGUCUACCACCUGUCAAACUUCAUUGUUCCAUGCUAGCCGAGGAUGCCAUCAAAUCUGCCAUCUCCAACUACUACAGCAAGAACCCUCAUGCCAAGCCAACAAACCUUGCCGGUACUGGAGCAAAGAUGCCCAGUAUUAGCGAGGCCGCGACGGCAACUGCUUAAGGGUGAACGUACUAAACCGAAUUUGAAUGGAUACAUUCGUUACUUGCAUGGGAUAUGGAGUUCAGAUGGGGAACCAAAAGUCGCGGCUUUAAUAUGCAGUCCAGAUGGGGAUACCGGUAUGUGACUGCUUAUGAUAAUAUGAUAUCGCUGUGCGUUGUUCUGUUGUGAGGGAUUUUUGAUGUUACGGCUAUUUUCAACUCUGACCGGAGUUGA